AUGAAAACAGAUGAAAUCAGCAAGCUGAAGAAUGAACUCGAAGAAUCUAAAAGGUCAAACAGAGAACAAAUAUCAAAUCAAACAAGUGAAAUAGAUAACCUGAAGACGGAGUUGAAGAACCUAAUGAAUGAACUUGAAAAAUCCGAGAAGAGCCGAAAGAGGACCGAAGAGGACCUUAAAGAAUCUAAGUUGCAGACAGCUGAUCAACUUAAAAAGAAAACAGAUGAAAUCAGCGUACUGAAGAAUGAACUCGAAGAAUCUAAAAGGAAACAAACAGGAAACACCAUAAAAGAAAAUACAGAAGAAAUUGCAAAGCUAAAGAAUGAUCUGCUAGAUAUUAAAAGAUACUGCAAAGAAGCUUUUGAAAAGCUGGAUCAGAAAGAUAAAAUGAUUAGUCAGCUACAGGAAUCAUUGAAAGCAGAAAGGAAUACGACUCCAACGACAAGAUAUGGUGCAGUUUUAAAGGCAGAACCACUACAGUUUCUUUCCCGUUAAAUUCUUGGAUAGUUGCAUGAAUAGAGGAAUAUUUCUUGAUAAUAUUAUAACAAUUAAUUUUACUGUAUUUGUCAAUGUUUUUCCAGGGCAAAUCAUAUUGGAUUUGCUUAUGAGUGAAUGCACAGUACUUAUAUGAAAGGAUGAAAUAAAUAGUAGCUAUUAUGUAUUAAUAUUUCGACCAGAUCCAUUGAAAUUAAUCAGAAAUGGUAUGACAUUUUAAUGCCAAAUAGCUUUGAAGUCGAUGGUAAGCAGCUUAGAUAAUGAUGAACAGUAAAACAUAGAAAUUCUUUCGUACACUAGUCUUUUGAAAUGACCGUCUAUUUUCUGUAUUUAGAUAAGAACUGAAUAUAUUACGGAUGAUAUUCAUACACGAGCAUUUUUUUAAACAAGUUUAGCUAUGCAUAACUGGACACACACAAGUUU